AUGUCAGACCAAAUGGUUGAUCCUAAUGAACCAUCAGCGUACAUUGCAAAUGCUGAUGGUACAUACACAGCCAUACCGUUCAGUCAGACUGAAGAUGGGCAAGUGGUAUUGCAGCUAAAUGAGAUGGGUUUGUCCAAUGAAGGUGAAGAAAUGGUUCUAAUUGCUGCUGAUGACACAGCGACAUUGGAAAGUCUGAUUGCUUCGGGUGCUGUUACAGCUAUUGCUGCUGAGAAUGGAACAGAAUAUCUACAGUUCACAGAUCCUGGUAUGGAAGGGGCUCAGGUCAUCGAGUUACCAGCAGAUCAAAUGCAACUUUGGGAUCCGAAUUCUAAAGCAUACUAUGAUGCAUCAGGUAUAGGACCUGGUUUCGUUGCUUUAACAGGGCAAUCUAGUGGUGUUACUUACCGUUGUCCAUCUUGUCCAGCUAUGUAUGCUAAUGCUAACGCUUUUACUAAACAUAUGCGCGAAAAACAUUUCGUUAAAGUUUACACAUGUCGUCAAUGUGAGGAGUUUUUCGAAACUCUCAGUCAGUUAUUUCUGCACGCUCGACGCAGUCAUGUUGAUCCUAAAAAACCAAAACGAAAUCCGGCCAAUUUCAAAUUUCAUUGUGACCAGUGUAACUAUAUGACGAAUAAUGGUGGGACAAUGGAACAUCAUAAACGGGCACAUACAGGAGAAAAACCUUUUGUUUGUGAUGUUUGCAAUAAACGUUUUGCUCAGAAAGCAAAUAUGAAAACUCAUCGAAAUCGACAUAUUCACCGGGACAAGAUAUUCCGUUGUGACACGUGUAAUAAAGCUUUUUCAUCUUAUGACAUUUACCUUGCUCAUCUUCGAACAAGAGAACAUGAACUUCGGGAACAUUUCGCUAUGAUGGCAUCUUCACAGUUGGCUUUAGAGUGUUUGGGUUGUGCAGUUACCUUCGAUAGCAUAUAUAACCUGAAUAAGCAUACAAGAAGCUGCCGUAUUGUUCGUACUCUACAAACUAAAUUUCGGUGUUUACCAUGUAAUGCCUAUGUCAGUGAUGUGGCAUCAUUGAAAGCUCAUGUAAAAGCCCACGAAGGCAGUCAAAUCAUAUCGUGCCCUGUAUGUGGUGAACGCGGAUUCCCAGGUUUCAAUCAACUAAAUCAUCAUAUUACAAGGGCUCACGCUUUGAAAGUUAAUCGUCGCCACGUUUGUCGUUAUUGUGAAUCCACUUUCGAGAUUAAGAAAGACUUAGAUAUGCACAUUCGAAGUAUGCACGCUGAAGAAAGAAACGCUCGUCAAUCGAGGGGAGCUGUUGGUCGCCUGAAAUGUCGAUAUAACCAUUGUGAAUUCACAACAAAUUCGAUAAUGUUGUUAGAUCGACAUCAUGAUCAGCAUCGACGUCAGGAAGAAGAUGGGGAAGAUGUUGGACUUGAACUUCCUCCUGCUCGUUACUCAUACACAAAACGGAAAAAGCUAAAGUUGUCCAAGCGAAAUCGACUUGUUGAUGGAUACGAAGAUGAUGAGGAUGCAGAAACUGGUGAUGGCGAGGGAGAUGAUGACAUGGCUGAUGAUGAAGAUGAUACUUAUGAUGAUGUUGGUGUAGAUGGUAACGUUACUAGACGUACUAUUACUCUUAUAAAAUCCAAUACUCGUAAAGUACAAGGCAAUGAAGAAUACACUUCAGGUAGUACAGGUGGUGUUGGUGUUUUAAACGAAAGCAAUACAACUAAUCGUCGUAUGUCUAGAGCACGUCGUCUUCCGGCUUGGUAUAAAGAUUACGAUACUGAUUUUGUUAUGCAUGAAGAAGGUGUAAUGGACAGGGAAGAAGUACAAGCUCAACUCCCACCAGGUAUAGAAUUAGAAGAUCCAUCUGCUGUAGAUAAAGAAGAUGUUCCAACAGAGGAGUGGAAUAUUGUUGUAUAUGAUGAUGAUGAUGACGAAGAUGAAGAUGAAGAUAGUCCUAUAGAUUAUGAAGAUGAAGAUAGUAAUGUCAUAAACGAUAGUAGUACCUGUGAUACUACUGGACUAUUAAAUGUACAUGCUUUUGCAUAA